AUGCGUGACGAUGGAGCGAUGCGGCGAUAUAGAACGGCAUUCAGUCGUGAACAAAUUAGUCGCCUAGAGAAAGAAUUCGCUCGAGAAAAUUAUGUUUCUCGACCAAAACGUUGCGAGUUAGCGGCACAAUUGAAUCUUCCUGAAGGCACAAUUAAAGUAUGGUUCCAGAAUCGGCGAAUGAAAGAUAAACGACAAAAAAUGGCAACACUGCAUUGGCCAUUCGUUGACCAUCAAAUGACUGCAUAUAUGUUAAAUCCAUUUUAUUAUGAAGCAUGGAGGUCAUCGUUUAUGCCAAAACUUUGCUCGCCAAACAGCUUUGCAAAUAAUACUAUAGCUUUAAUCGUAAAUGAUCGCAUCAUUAAAUUAUGA